UCUGACACGAGCUCAUCCGAAUCCUAUAGAUCUCUCCAAGCUCCAUUUUUGUUGCCGCUUUAGGGACGGGUUGCAACGUUGCCAUCUAGAAGGAAGGAGGCUGAGAUACUUGCCAAGAAGGAAGGAGGGAGAAGAAUAUGGAAGGUGGGUGAACGGGAGGCAUUUUCCAUAGCUUGUUUCCAAGGCCGAACAGGGAUCUGAACCAGGAUCGGCGAGCUGGGAAAACAAACAGAGACGGGAAUGGAAGCGACGUCCAUCAGUCACCUUUCCAGCGACACCAUAACCGACAUCCUCCUCCGCUUGCCGGCCAAAUCCAUCCUCUGCGCCGGCGCCGUCUGCACGGCGUGGCGCCGCAUCACCACCAACACCAGCUUUCGCGCCGAGCACGCGCGCCUCCAGCCUGCCAACGUUGUCCUCUACACAUAUCAGUUCUCGCCGCGGUGCAUAGACCGCCGGCCAGGGUACUACGAGGAUGAGCUCGCGUUGGACCUGCUCCCUAUCUCCUCCGACUCCGACGAGGCGGCCCGACGGCGCCUCAUCCGCUACCCCAUGGAGACCUUCCUCCUGCUUGCCUCGUGCAACGGCGUGCUGCUGUUCCAGUUCCAGAAGUCCUGGGGCAACUUCCUCCUCUGCAACCCCGCCAUGGGUCAGUGGGCCGAGCUCUCGCCACUUCCUCCGAUUCGUCCUGAGCCCGCCAAAGUUAUGAUUGACGAGUACGCCUUCUACUACCACGAGCCAUCCGGCGAGUACCGGCUCCUGUUGCGCCGUCUUCGCGGACGAUCGUGGUUCAUCCUCUCCACUGGCACCACCGAGCCUCGGGAGGUGAACCUGUGCGCUUGGCUUCCUGAGACGAUGGGGAUAACCACCUUGCUGAGGACGACGCCCGUGGCUCUCCAAGGCCGGCUGCACUGGCCGCCACGCCAGGCGGCCGGCGCACCCGUCGUUGCCGCCGCAGGAGAGAGUGAGACGGCAACGACAAUGGUGGUGUUCGACACGUUGUCGGAGACGUUCCAUCUGAUGGCGGGGCCGCCGACAGCCACUGCCUACCAGACGAAGGUGUUCGACCUGGCGGGGCAGCUCGUCGCGGCCGACUUCGGGGGCGAGGAGCACGUCGACCUCUGGUUCCUCGAGGAUUACAAUGCUGGCAAGUGGGAGCGCCGGCACCGGGCUCCCACGCCGUGGCACACCGGUACCUUGGGAGUCCCAGAGCCGGAGUGGCGCGGCCCCAACUCCGUGGCGGCGGCGGGUGACGACAGGGAAGGCAUCGUCAUGCUGGGCAACCACCUGGGGUUGCUGGUGUACAACUUGAGGACGAGGACGGCGAGGGCGGUCGACUCCGUGGCGGCGUCGGAGCACAACAUCGUCGUGUCGCGGCAUGUGUUCAGGGAGAACCUGAAGCAGCACCCGAGCUUCGCCGCGCGGUCCGCUGCUGAGCUGGGGGUGAACAUCUUCUGGUAUUGAUCUGUUGUCCUUCAAAAUUCGUCACUGUGCUCUCGGACUCGGGAUGAUCUGAUGAUAUCUGCCCAUCUGAUCAAUGUUUCUGUUCGGUCUGCUGCUCUGUAAGAACCUAUAUUUCGAUGGGUAUUUCGUAGGGUUCAUUUUCUUUGAUUUUCCAGAGAUAUAUGUAGCUGGUAACAUGUCACAGCUCGGAUCGUUUUUGUCGUAUUUCAUGCAGAAAUAUGAUGAACAUUUGUAUUAUUUUCAG